UGGGAUUUGUUAGGUGGUCUGUAAGGGCGGUGGUGGCCCUCUCCUGCCUCUACUACUGGUGAACCGGGUAAACUGGUGGUGAUUGAACCGUGGAACAUACCUGAACAUAACCGGUACUCUACUCAAAAAAAAAACUAAGUGGUGAUUAUACCGGUACUGUACUGGUAAUUAAACCGUGGAGGUACAUUAAUUAGUGAACAGGAUCCAUUGUAGUGGUGAUUGAACUGGUAAUUCAACUGGUGGUGUACUGGUGAACAUUGAAUACUGAAGUGGUGACUGUACUGGUAAUGUACUGGUGAGAACAAGACAGACAAGUGAACUGGGUGAUCAUCCUGGUGAACACAUGGCAGUAGUGAACAUGGCAGUGAACUUGUGGGAGAUUUGAACAACUGUCUCCCAUCAUCAUCACCAAACCUUCCUCUACCUGUGUAAUUAACUGAAUCUUUUACAGGCCCAGGAUGCUGAAACACGUGGGUCCCUACCGCUCCACUUCGUCCUUGACCCGCACCUCAAGUACGAGUCUAAGGCGUCCAGAUGACACCUCACCCUCGACCUACAAGAAGAGCCUCGAUGUCGUGGACGGUGAUGAGGAUUCAAGUAGUUCUCCAGAGAGUCUCAGAAGAUGUCAGAGUUCACCAGAGUCUUACGCCAGUGACUUUGGGUCCCCAAGGAUCUACAAGAAAGCUCAUGAUCCUUUAGGAACCCUGGAGAUCGAAAGGACCUCUCACCAUGAGCCUCCGGAGUCCUUCAAAAUAAACCUCAGUGAUCAGGACUCCAUCGAGGAUGAGUCUAGUUCGCCAGAGAUGUCGAAGAAGGACCUAGCUCGUCCUUCAACGCUUCCUCGUCGGGGAGGUCACAGGACUCUUGAUGGUGUCUCAGUCGAGGGACAAGUCCUUCGAAAGUCCUUCAAGUCUGAGGACUCCUGCAGCCUCCACUCUACCUGCAGCUUCUCCUCCCUGGCCACCAGCAAGCUGAGCUCAAGGUGUUCCUCGACGUCGUCCUUGACAGAUCAAACUAUGACCCCAGUGAAGGUGUACCUGAGGUUCAUGAGGCCAGACAUCGAGUACAAGACCAUCAACCUGUCGUCAGCCACCACCUGCCGGGAGCUGGUGUUGAUGCUCUUGGCCAAGUUCCGCCUCCGACACCGUGACCCCAACCUGUUCUUCGUCAGGAUGGAGGUGGUGGUGAGGGGGCCAGGUGGAGGCGCCCCUACCCGUCGCCUGCUGGUGCUGGAGGAUCACGCCCGUCCUGCCGAGCUACAGCAGUGCCGCCCACGAGGGGAGGCGCGCUUCAGUGUGGGCGUGCGUCGUGGUGGUCUGCUGCGUGUGUACGACUCCAUCCUCAUGCCCGGGUCGCAGUACAAGUCGCUGCUGGUGUCGUACCGCACGACGGCUGAGGAACUGGUACAGCUGCUGCUCAACUGUUACAGCAACAAGGAGAACCCCAAACACUACACGGUACAUGAGGUGAACAAGAGCCCGUACAGUGACCGUCCACUGCGGCCAGACGAGUGUCCGCUGUUAGUGAAGAGCGAGUGGCCGAGAGCUGCCAGAGCCAACCUGGCCCUCGUCCUCCGCCGUAACGUCUCCUACGCCCUCAGUCUCAAGUCCAGAAUAUCCUGGCGACACAGUUUGGACCAGUCGAGCACAGACACCGACUCUGAGCACGAAGAUCACACUGUCGCCCCCGUCUCAGUACCCGUCACACGAGCUUCCUCCAGUGACAGUAUCUUCAGUACCAACUUGUCGGAGUCCUUCACCUUCUCCACCUCAGUUACCGCCACCACCUCUUCUUUCCCCCCCUCCUCCUCCUCUUCCUUCUCCCCAGCCAGAGUAUCUUAUGAUUCAGGCUUCUCUUCGUCAUCCUCUUCAUCACGUUCAUCUAAUGUUUCCUCAAUUUCUCCCUCCCCGCCUUCAUCGCCUUCUCCAUCUGCUUCCUCUUCUGAUUCUUCAUCUACCUACAUAUCGUUUUCAUUAGACUCAGAGGUGAAAUUCGCUCCCAAAGGCACCAGUCAGGCCACAACCACGGGGAGGUCACAGACUGUCUCUCGUAGUCCACCCUCACCUGUGCCUCCCACUGUUGUGUUUACGCCAGGACAGGUGACAGCUGAGGCUACCUCCACCAUAACAAUAGACUUCAAAACCUCCAAACCAGCGACCUCAACUUCCCCUGUGACCUCAACCUCUCCUGUGACCUCAACCUCUCCUGUAACCUCAACCUCUCUUGUGACCUCAACCUCCCCUGUGACCUCCUCUACCUCAGCUUCGUCAGCAUCUACCACCGUCGUCACGACCUCCUCCACUUCUUCCACUUCAUCGUCUUCCCAAGAGUCCACGUCACCAUCGUCCCUCCCAUCCCCACCAUCGUCGCUCCCAUCCCCACCAUCGUCCAUCAUCGUCACGUCUCCUUCUCCAUCAUCAUCCACCUUGACUGACUUAUCCUCCAUCUUCUCUGAUUCCUUCUUAUUUACUACCUGUUCCUCUCCAUCAUCCCCUCCUUCCCCCUCUAGAUCCUUCCAUCCUUUUCCAGUAUCCACCCCAUCCACACCUCCUUCCCCUCCCAGAAUCUUCCAUCCUAACUCACAAUCCACUCCUUCUACACCUCCUCCCACUCCCAUCAGAUCUCACCAUCCUUCUCCCUGCUCCACCUCUCCUACCUCACCACUCCAACGCACCAUCAUCACCAUCCCUACCAAUGGGCCUUCAGUAGUUACCUCCAGCACGAUGACCUCCUCGACCUCCGCCAGCAUCAAGGAACUGACGGAGGCGCUGGAAUCCCUAAGGACUCUCACGAUCCGUUGCCCAAAUUACGAUAGUUACUUUUAUAUCUGAGGUCCUUAAUGAAGCUGGACUCUCACCUGUAGUGCUUCAUGUACAGAUCUACGACAUACACUCAGACCGGUGAAGAGGAGAAUGUGAUGAGAGGAAGCAAGAGGAUGAUGAGAAUAAAGCUGUGGUGAAAGAGAGAGAACAAGUACCUCAUCUCACCUGUACCACACCUCACCUGCGUAAUACCUCACCUACGCAACACCACACAAGGAUUCACCGUAGUCUACAAAGGUUACAGUAAUACACCUUUGAAACUGAUUAUUGCCGUGUGAUUAUAAAGAUGAAAAAAAAAAUGUACAGUGAAAUAAAUUACAACACACUUUACCUGUGUCGUGAAGGUGAAUAAUUACUUUUACAGUGAAUAAGAUUAGUCUCAGCUAAACUUCACCUGUGUUGUGUUGACGUGUAGUUGAAUAAAUACUUGUAUAGUGAAUAAAAUUACUAAAAAUCAUAUCUGUGAAAAGAAUGUAUCACCACGUCUUAUGUAUACGAGUGUUGAGCAGACGGACAGAAAGUCAAUAUUCAGUUUUUUUAUUAAUAUGAAAGUAAAUUAACGAAUGAAUUAUGGCCGUAUAACAUCAUCCAAAUUCCGAUAUGAUAUAUAACUUUGGUUCUGCUAUAUUUUUUUCUGUAAAUAUAGUGUUUAUUUUGAUGAUAAUUAGAUAGAGAUAUAUUUCCUGAGGGCAUGUUUACGUUAAGUCAGUGUUAAUUAUCUUCAUAUUCCUGUUUACCUUUUAUGAGUCAUUGGUGAGUCAGGGUGAGUCAUUGGGAGGUCUUAGUGAGUCUUCAUACACCCAAGAACAUUUCAACUAGAGGAGUGAUAAAUA